UAAGACUUAAAGAUAAUGAACACAUUUGGGAGACUUUCAAGGCAAAAGGCCAAAGAAGCAAAGAAACUUAUGACACAGUCCUUUUCCCUCCACCAUCCGUGCACGUUAGCAUCGCCACCCUUUUCCACCACCAAUUUCCGCUUUCUUAACCCCCGCCAAAACUGUCCGCCACCUCACUCCGCCUCUCUCUCCUCCCUCAGGAUGAGCUCCACCACUGUUGACGGUAGCAAUAUUAACAGUCCCGGUGAUGUUGCCGCUACUGAGUUGGACCACAUUUUCAAGCAGAAACGCACCAUUCGAUCCAAAGUCCGCAAAUCCCUUAAGGAGAUGGACCCUUCUCAGCGCGCAAUUGAAGAUGAUACAAUUCAGCGUUUGGUUUUGGAUGCUCCAUGGUUUAAAUCAAGCAGAAGACUAUGUGCAUAUAUAAGCUGCCGUGCCUUACGAGAAGUUGAUACAUCUAAAGUUUUGGCAGAUACCCUACAGACUUCAGACAAAGACAAACAGAAUUUCGAAGAGAAAACCCUUUAUGUGCCAAGGGUGGAGGACAAGAACAGUUAUAUGCGGAUGCUUAACAUCUCAAGCAUGGAUGAUUUAAUCGCAAACUCAAUGGACAUCCUGGAACCUGCUCCAGUAGAUAGUGGAGGGAACCAACGUGAAAAUGUUAUGCAUGCUACUGAAGCAGUUGAUCUCUUGCUCUUACCUGGACUUGCGUUUGACAAAUCUGGUAGACGCUUAGGCCGUGGCGGAGGUUACUAUGACACUUUCCUGAGGAACUAUCGACAGCUUGCUAACGAGAAAAACUGGAAACAACCACUGCUUGUUGCUCUGUCAUAUUCUGUACAAAUCUUGGACGAUGGAGUGAUUCCAAUCACCCCCAAUGAUGUCUUUGUGGAUGCUUUAGUAUCCCCAGCUGGUGUUAUUCCCAUAAACCCAGCUGCAAUUCAAAGGAUGGAGCAUGGAAUAUGACUUUUCAUACCCCUGUAUCUCUUUUAUCUGUUCUUCCUGUAGCAGUGUCUGACGUAAUCGACGCUGCUUAAUAUCUGAGACUGAUGAUUUCAUUUCAUUUCAUUCUAUUCGUUUUGUUCAUGAACAUUGUGCUUUCAUCAGAAAAUACUAUAAAGCUUUAAGGUUUCGGGUCCUAGUGAA